ACAAAUUUCACAACAUAAGUCAGUGAUAAUAAACCUGGUGCUUUAAAAAAAGGUGCGCUGGAUUGAGAUGCUAACUUGCUUGGGACUGUCAUAAAGUUCGCAAUGAGUCAUUCAUUAGGACACAGAGAACGGGUUUUGCGGCUGGCUUUUUGCCAAAUAAUCAGGUGACAACAGACCUGAGAGAGGAUUGGGAAACGGCAAAGAAGUUGACCGAGUCCGCCAGCACGCUUAUCCGCCUGUCUGAAGUUCUUAAUAAAAACUUUGAAGAAGUAUUUGAAAGCGGCGUCGUGUUCCCUCUACGCUAUACAAAUAGAAAUAUGAUUGGCUAUUUCACGAUUUAAAGAGGCUUUGAGCAAGAGAGGACACCCAAAGGCGAGAAAGGGGAGGUAGGACAAAAAAAAAGGCAGGGUGGGACCGAGGCAAGACAGGACAGCGAAAGUCGCUGAAAAUACGAGACAAGGAGAACUGGUGCAAGGGGGAGUACGUUUUCCGCCGAUCAGUCUGCUUUCAACCCCAGGCUGGGACUCGGUCGAGGGUCUGGAACUGGAGGAACUGCACCAUGAUCUCCCUGCCACUGCUGUACCUUUGGCUCCACAGCUGCGUCCUGGCGGAUGGGUUCCGCGCCUUUGCCUCGGAUUCCAGGGUGCGGGCCAAAUCGGUGCAAGUAAACGCUGACCUCGCUCGCCACCUGCGCACCGUCAGCCCUCGGUUCCUGUCGGUGGCUCUGGACGCCUCUCUUCUACGGCAACAUGCCCUGGAUUUAUUACAAUCAGAGAAGCUAAUCACUUUAACAAGAGCCCUGUCACCUGGAUAUCUGAGGUUUGGUGGAACUGGAGCUGACUUUGUUCUAUUUGAACCUAAUGAUCCUCAACCUUCACCAUAUGAACGUAGCUGGAAGUCACCAAAAUCACAAGCUGGCCAUCCAUAUUUCUUUCCUUUGGAACUGGAAGAGUAUCUAAUACAUCUUUGGAGUUUGCAAGCACCUCUCAUGGCAAAAAAUGAAUUCCAAAAGGACUUUAAGAACAUGACAAUUUCAGGAAGAACUUUGGACAUCCUGUACAGUUUUGCAAAUUGCUCUGGGCUUCAUUUAAUCUUUGGACUUAAUGCCUUAUUAAGGAAAAAUCGUGUAUGGGACAGUUCAAAUGCUCAAGAGCUUCUUCAAUACUGCGCAUUGAAACAGUAUAACAUGUCCUGGGAACUUGGCAAUGAACCCAACAGUUUUGGAAGGAAAGCAGGUAUAAAAGUUCGUGGCACUCAGCUUGGAGAGGACUUCCAGCACCUGUAUAGUCUGCUGCACACGUUCAGGACAUUCAACCACACAGGACUGUAUGGGCCCGAUAUUGGGCAACCUCGGAGACGCCCAAUUAUUACCAUGCUGAAAGGGUUUCUUGAGACUGGAGGGGGAAUCCUUGAUGCAGUCACCUGGCACCAUUAUUAUGUGAAUGGGAGGAACGCGUCACUGAAGGACUUCCUGAGCCCCCAGGUGUUAGACAGUCUUGUGUGGAGAAUUAAUCAAAUUCAUCAGGUUGUGGCUAAAACUGUUCCUGGCAAGAAGAUAUGGUUGGGUGAGACCAGUUCAGCCUAUGGAGGAGGAGCUCCUAAUCUAUCAGAUAGAUUUGUAGCUGGCUUUAUGUGGUUGGACAAACUUGGACUGUCUGCUAAACUGGGUAUUGACGUUGUCAUCAGGCAGGUUUUGUUUGGGGCAGCAUACUACCAGCUGGUUGAUUGGCACCUUGAUCCUUUGCCUGAUUACUGGCUUUCCCUAAUUUAUAAAAAACUGGUAGGCAUCAAGGUGCUGAAUAUAUCUUUUACAGAGAGUGAUGAAAGAAACAAGGGAACUCUGCGUGUGUAUAUGCACUGUACCAAUCCCAAUAGUGAAAUCUAUCAAAAGGGAGCUUUGACAAUGUUUGCUUUGAACUUGAGCAUCCAAGACAAGCGGAUCCUUCUGCGCUUUGGUCAAUUCAACAAAAUUAUUCAGUUUUUGCUGCAGCCUGGUGACAAUGAGGAAGGAUUAUAUUCACAAUCCGUUAAACUCAAUGGUCAGAUUCUCAAGAUGGUGGAUCACAAGACCUUGCCUGUUAUCAAGGGAAAAGCACUUCAGACAACAAGUUCAGUCAUUCUCCCUGCACAGUCUUAUGCAUUCUAUGUGAUUCAGGAUGCCAAUGCAUCAGCAUGUCAAUGAAACAACAUAAAAACAAUGGUACAAAAAACAUUGGCUUUGACUUAUUCUUGUGGCUACCUAAUUAUGCAAAAUUUCAUGGAAUCUACAGGCUGCAGUAUUGAAAACAUCAAGGAUUUUUAACAGUAAAUGCUGGGAAACCUUAUUAGCAUCUGUGGAGAAAGAAACUGAGUUAAUGUUUUAAAUCAAUUUCCCUGCACUAAUCUAAAUGGGGUUUAUUGUCUAAUGCACUCGUCCAUUUUUGCACAGGUACAAUGAUAAGCUUACUUGCAGCAGCAUCACAGGGACAUAGUAUCAUAAAAGCAGCAUUCACAAGAAAAGAUCCAUAAAUUACACACAGCUUUUACAAGAAAGAAUACAACUAGAACAAAAACAUAGUCCAUUUUAGUGCAAGCUGAUCGUAAUGUUGAUCAUAGUGUUUAAGAUUAUACCUGCUAGUUCAGGAAGCGAAUGGUUGAAGAGAUGUAUCUGUUUUUGAACCAGGCGGUGUGGGAUUUCAGGCUUCUGAAUCUCCAGCCUAAUGGCAGCUAUGAAAAAAUUGGCAUGUUCAGAUGUUGGGGUUCUUUGCUGGUGGAUAUUGCCUUGAAGCAGUGCUUCCUGUAGAUACUACCAAUGGUGGGGAGGGAUGUGCCUGUGGAUAUUGGGCCAUUUCUACUACUCAAUAGCUUCUGACAUAGCACUAAUGAAGGGUUAUUGCUACUGAAAUAUUUACUCUGUUUCUCUUGGCACAGAUACUGCCUAACCAGAUGUAUGUAGCCAGAUCUAUUUGUUUCUAUUUCAGAUUUCCAUUAUCUGCAGUUUUGUGUCACUUUUUCAAGAAUUUAUAAUAUUGAAGAGUAAAAUGAUCAGGAGGAAAGUUUUCACACGGGUUGUGUUGAUCAGGUUAAACUUUUGCAAAUCUGAAAGGAGUUCUAGAUAUUGCUAGAUAAUGUAAGUGGACAUGGAAAUCUGAUGUUGCUGACGCUGCUUGUCUUCUGUUUUACCGCGUUUUAUUUUUGUCUUUUCUCCUUUCUUUGAUAAAAGGAAAUACUGUCAGACCAUCCAUAAAUGUUACUUAUACUCAUUAAGUAUGUUCUUAGUUGAAAAAUAAUUUUUAUACUUAUUUUAUGUUGAGUUGGGGGCUGGCUCCUCUAGUGUUCGCUUGGUGGAAAGACAAGCUAGAUUGUGUUCAUCUGUGGCUGUACUAGCGUAUGAUAAUGAACUGCUGUGUGCUUUUUCUUGCUGAAACCUGGCUCAAGGAUAACACCCCAUGCACCAUUAAUCUACAGGUCAUGUUUGUAGUGACUAUAUGUUUCUCUGCUAUUGUAGCUAUAUAUGCUAUGUGCUAUGCGUUGUGUGUGACCGUUGGUACUGUGUUUUGCACUUUGGCCCCGAAGGAACACUGUUUCAUUUGGUUGUAUUCAUGUGUAUGGUUGAAUGACAAUUGAACAUGAACUUAAUUGAAGUCUUUAUUAAUUUUUGGGGGGUUUUAUUUUAAUUUUCUGAUGGAUGUAAAUUUAAAUAUUUGGAGGUAUUUAGGAGUUUUAAGUAUUUAGCCUUUUAACUUUGUUUUAAGUUUAAGAUUUAAAUUAUAGUUGUAAAUUUACGUUGUACAGGGCCCUGGUGAGACCACACCUGGAGUAUUGUGUACAGUUUCGGUCUCCAAAUUUGAAGAAGGACAUUCUAGCUAUUGAGGGAGUGCAGCGUAGGUUCACGAGGUUAAUUGUCAGAUUGGAGCGACUGGGGUUGUAUACACUGGAAUUUAGAAGGAUGAGAGGGGAUCUGAUUGAAACAUAUAAGGAUUAUUAAGGGAUUGGACACGCUAGAGGCAGGAACCAUGUUCCCGAUGUUGGGGGAGUCCAGAACCAGAGGCCACAGUUUAAGAAUAAGGGGUAGACAAUUUAGAAUGGAGUUGAGGAAAAACUUUUUCACACAGAGGGUUGUGGAUCUGUGGAUUGCUCUGCCUCAGAAGGCAGUGGAGGCCAAUUCUCUGGAUUCUUUCAAAAAAGAGUUAGAUAGAGCUCUUAAAGAUAGCAGAGUGAAGGGAUAUGGGGAGAAGGCAGGAAAAGAGUACUGAUUGUGGAUGAUCAGCCAUGAUCACAGUGAAUGGUGGUGCUGGCUCAAAGGGCUGAAUGGCCCACUCCUGCACCUAUUGUCUAUUGUUUUGUUAUUUUAGGCUUUCAGUUUUCAAACAAUUUGGAGUGAAAGUGGGAAAACCCAUAGUGUUCUAAGAAUCUGAGGCUUUUUUGCAGUUAGUCACCCAAAUUUUGCUUGGCUAUUAGAGCGAAGAAGGCAGUAUGCUCUGCAGGACCUCAAUUGCAAAGGUUCUGAUAGCAUUUUCUCAAAAUUUCCACUGGGGCAAUUGCAAAAUGUGCCUUUUUCUUUCUGAAAAUUAAAAAGCAGCUGAUGCUGAAAAUCUGAAAUAUUAACAGAAAGUUCUGGAAAUUGUGUGUCAGGCAGCGCUAGCAUUUGAUGAAGGGUCAUUCUGAUGAGUUAGCUGUGUUUCCUCCCUACAGAUGAUGCCUGACAUGUUGGGUAUUUUAUGUACUUUCUGGACAUAGCCUGUGAGUCAGCAAUGCCUGCUGCCAAUCUCAGAAACCAGGCCAAUAUGAAAACUACAUAUGAGACACCAAUAUCCAAUUUAAUGUGUUCCACUGAGGAAAAAGUAUUAUAUGUAAAGAAAAAGAUAUUUUUGAUUGAUGUGGUAGUGAGGAAGUAAUUACUCAGGAAACCUAAUCAGAGUACACACAAUAUCAGUUCUGCCUCUUGUACCUUUUUCACAGAGACUGUAUAUAUUUGGUGUGAUGCAGUGUUAAUGGUCUGAAGUAUUUUUCUGAUUCACUUGUAUUAGUGACAGUUUAAAUGACUGCAAUGUUUCUUCAAGUUUUGAAAAAGAGCAUGGGCCAUAUUUUUGGCAAAAUUACUGUAAGGAAGUACUGUAUAUCUAUUAAAAUAACCAUUAACUCAUUGUUUUUCAAUGUACGAAUAAA